AUGGUCCAAGUGAAACCCGAUACUACUACAGUACUGGUCAUAGGGGGCGGUCCGGGAGGAAGUUAUGCUGCCACGCUAUUGCAGCGCGAAGGCCAUCAAGUAGUCCUCAUGGAAGCCGCAACAUUUCCGAGAUAUCAUAUUGGAGAAUCUAUGUUGCCAUCUUUGAGGGACUACCUCCGUUUCAUUGACCUCGAAGACGAAGUUGCUAAGCAUGGGUUUUGCGUGAAGCCCGGCGCUACAUUCAAGCUCUCCCGCGACGUGCGAGAAAGCUAUACCGACUUCAGCCUCGCCGGUCCGAAUUGCACCGCCUGGAAUGUUAUCCGCUCGGAGAUGGAUGACCUGUUGCUCCGCAACGCAAGAAAGCACGGGGUCCAAGUAUUCGAAGAGACCCGUGUCACUGACAUCGACUUCGGAGGAGAUCCAGAAUCUUCACGGCCUGUGGCUGCUCACUGGUCAAAUAAGGCGGGAGCUUCAGGGAGCAUCAAGUUUGACUGGCUGAUCGACGCCUCUGGACGGGCUGGAAUUAUGUCGACGAAAUAUCUCCGUAAUCGGGUAAUGCGCGAGAGCCUCCGCAAUGUCGCCGUGUGGGGCUAUUGGACUGGCGUCAGGGGCAUUGGUGAUGGGACAGAAAGAGCUGGCUCACCUUGGUUCGAGGCUUUGACCGACGAGCAAGGGUGGGCCUGGGCGAUACCGUUGCACGACGGAACCACAUCUGUAGGAGUUGUGAUGCACUCGGACGCCUCGAAAGCCAAGAAAGAUAUAUUGACCCCUGAGGGUCAAAAGCCGACACUGACAGAACACUAUUUGGACCAACUCAAAUUCCUCCCUGGUGUCAGGGCCCUGAUUGGAGAUACCGGAAAGUUCAUACCAGGAAGCACGAAGAGCGCCUCCGAUUACAGCUACUUUGCCACGCGUUACUCUGGAGAUCACUUCCGUAUUAUUGGAGAUGCUGGCAAUUUUGUGGAUCCGUUCUUCUCAUCAGGGGUGCAUAUCGCCAUGGUCGGGGCCAUCUCGGCGGCACUGACAAUCUGCGCUUCACUCAAUGGUGAGACAGAAGAGAAGCUGGCGCAGGAGUGGCAUGAUGCCAAGGUUGGAAUUGCCCAUACCAGGUUCCUGUUCGUGGUUCUGGGUGCUUAUCAACAGAUGCAUAUUCAGACUGCUCCUAUCCUCGGUGAAUUGGACGAGGAAAACUUCGAUCGAGCAUUUGACAUGUUUCGUCCAGUGAUAUUCGGCAUCGCUGACACAUCAGCAAAGCUGACAAGCGACAAAGUACAAAACAUGAUGAAUGUCUUUGAGCAGCUCUUCGAUCCUCGCACGCAUGAAGACGAUAUCGCAGAGGCUCGUCGACGCUAUGGGGCCGAACUUGUCAGCAUGGAUGCGCCGAUCUUAGGGAAGGACGCUAUCGAUAAUCUCACGAAAGACGACGAAGUCACCAAGCGGGUGUUUGAGAAGAUGGAUGCGCUUAAGGGGGUCGCCUCAGAGUAUAGGGUGACUGACAUGGAAUCGCAACCAAUUGUCGGAUAUGUCGCACGCAUGCAAAGGGGGCGCCUCGGAUUGGAGUUGGCCCCGAGCAAGGUUGGGUGA